AUGGCUUCAAAGCGUCCAUCGGAGCCUGAAGCCGCGCCGGGCCUAUCGUCCAUGGAGAAUUUACAGCGAGUGGAGCAGCGAAUAAUUGACGCUGUCAAAUGCGCAGGCAACGUCAUGCAGCUGCUCGGCCAAUCAGGACCGUCCACACCAGCAGUAGGAUGCGGAGGAGGAGGGGGAGGCGGGCCUUCACAUCCCCACCUCCCAGGGAACGUUCUUGGAAGCAUCGCUGGAGGGGGAGGCCCGGGAGGGGCAAACAGGAAACCAGAAAUGGUGGCUGGGAUGUGUCAAGAUUUCAUGCUGGCAAUGCGGAAAUUUGCACCCAUGGACGACGAGGAGGCAGCGGAAAUAGCUCAGCUGCGACAGCAGCGGUCACGGCUUAAGGAGCGGCUAGAAAGUCGCAAGAAAGCCACCGCGUCUCUCGUAAACGACUUGCUGACGUCAGCUCCUAACACCGGCGCAAGCGGCGGAAUAUCCGCUGCGCGCCGCUCGCCUUCAAUUGACGAGCUUCCGCCUGUCGCGGCGACGAACGCGCCGUUGACGGCGACGGGGUUAACCAACAGCGCGAAUGCCGGCGGCGGCGGCGGAGGCGGAGGAAAAUCUGACGUGUCAGGCAGCGAAGGUCGCGACGACGGAGGCGACUCGAACGUCAGCUCGGGCGCUGCGGGAGCCACCGAGGCAACAGCUGGCGUUAGCGGCGGCGGUAGCGGACCGUUAACGAAACGGCCGCGGAAAAAAGGCUCCCUUCAGAACAUUCUAGAAGGUUUAGAAGACGAAAAAGCGGGCCGCGGCGGCGCGGGAAAGCCCAGUGGCUUAGUAGCAAGAGGAGGAGCAGCAGCAGCGGCAGCAGGAGGAUUCCCAAUACCCUCUCGCACUGAAAGUCCGAACCUUUUCGCGGGUCAGCAAACCCCCACGCCUCCGCCAAUCGCGGACGCGUUUCCGCGAGAGGAGGAUAUAGUAGACGAGUCGCGCCGGCCGCUGACGUCACUGGAGCGCGUGGAGCGGCUCGUGGCUGCCGUCCUGCUGGCGGCCGGCACGGCGGUGCCUUUGGACUCUAGCGCGAUAAAUAGGAGAUUAAAGAAGGAGUUAAACCCCGAAAGCGUAGACCAGGCUGCGAUUCUAGAGGUCGGCGGGGAGGAUGGGCCAAUAGGAGCGCUGGAAACGGCGCUUAGGGUUCUUGCGGGGAUGACUGUUGGGGGGGCCGCGGAAGGGGGAGGCGGAGGGGGGAAGGCCGGGGGAAAGCGGAGCUGGAAGGGCGGAGCAGGGGGGAGCGUGAGCGGAGCGCCUUUAGUGGAGAUAGAAGAAUUUGCAGUGGCUGGAGUGGCUAGGCUGAUGGGCCUUCCCCCUCCCUUCCGCCCCCACCCAAGUCUCCCCCCUCCCCACUCCUUGGGCAUGGGCGGAGGGGGAAGAGGCGGAGGGGGAGGGCCAGGCGGAGGGGGGCAGGAUGCAGGGGGGAGAUGGGGGAGGGGGAUGGGGGCAGAGGCGGGGGAGGGUAGAGGCGGUGGGGGCGAAAGUGGAAGGGAGGGGGAGAAGGAGGGGGAGAAGAAAGUUGACAAGAAGGGGGAGAAGAAGGGGGAGGGGGAGACAGGAGGGGGCGACGGGGAAGAGGAGGAGGGGGAGGAGGAGGAGAUGAGGGUGGAGGAGAUUUUAUCAAAGAAGUCGUUCAAAGAAAUGCAGCAGUCCAAGCGGGGGGAGGAGCUGCUGGAGCUGCUGCAGAAACCAACUGCUAAGGAGACAGCCGUUGCAGCACGGUCAAAGCGGGGUGAGGAGCUGCUGGAGCUGCUGCAGAAGCCCACUGCUAAGGAGACUGCCGUUGCUGCACGGUUCAAGACCAAGGGCGGGUCCAUGGUGCGAGAGUACUGCAACCGGCUCACUAAAGAUGACUGUCGCCGCCACCGCAACUCGUACACUGCGUGUGACAAGGUGCAUUUCCGCCGCAUCAUAUCCCCGCACACCGACAUGAACCUGGGAGAUUGCUCUUUCCUCGACACCUGCCGACACAUGAAGACAUGCAAGUACGUGCACUACGAGCUUGACCCAGUGCCAGACGGAGCACCCUACGGUGCCAUGAUCCCCCCAGGGGCCGCCCUCCCCCCCGCCGCCGCUGCUGCAGCCGCCAUGGGCAUAUUCGGCCCGCAUGGGGGGCCAAUGGGACCGCACGGCAUGCAUGGGGCAGGCAUGCCCCCUGUGGUGCAGAUUAAUUCCUUCGGCCAGUACAUUCCCUCAACUAUUCCAAGACCCUUUGAUAGGCCACCACGACCUGAAUACUGCUCUCAGGUGGAGCUAGGGGAAGCACAGUGGGUGAACUGUGACAUUCGCAACUUCCGCACGGACAUCCUGGGGCAGUUUGGAGUCAUCAUGGCGGACCCACCAUGGGACAUUCACAUGGAGCUGCCUUACGGCACCAUGGCGGAUGAUGAGAUGAGAACGCUCAAUGUGCCGGGCUUGCAAACGGAUGGGCUCAUAUUCCUCUGGGUGACAGGGCGUGCUAUGGAGCUAGGGCGAGAGUGCCUGGAGUUGUGGGGGUAUCGACGGGUGGAAGAACUCAUCUGGGUGAAGACGAAUCAGCUGCAGCGGAUUAUCCGCACGGGGCGCACGGGGCACUGGCUGAACCACAGCAAGGAGCACUGCUUGGUGGGCAUCAAGGGAGCUCCCCUCGUGAACCGCAACAUCGACACCGAUGUGAUCGUGGCUGAAGUCAGAGAGACCAGCCGCAAGCCCGAUGAGAUGUAUUCUAUGCUUGAGCGCAUCAGCCCAAGGACAAGGAAGCUGGAGCUGUUUGCACGCAUGCACAACACACAUGCAGGCUGGAUCUCGCUGGGCAAUCAACUAGAUGGCACACGGCUUGUGGACGCUGACUUGCGCAAGCGGUUCAAAGAGGUAUACCCAGAUAUUGAAAUCCAGCCACCAGACCCCCCAGCUGAGGAUACGUCUGCUGCCAACACAAAAUGA